AUGGAGGCACACUCAGGAGAAAACACAGAUUUAUUAAACACAAAGAAACCAAAACACAAAGGGAAACACGAUAAGCCGAAACCAUGGGAUGAAGACCCUAAUAUUGACCGUUGGAAGAUUGAAAAAUUCGAUCCGUCUUGGAAUCAAACCGGAAUGCUUGAAGUCAGCUCUUUCUCCACUCUUUUCCCUAAAUAUCGCGAGAAGUAUUUGACUGAUGCGUGGCCGAUGGUGAAAUCUGCGUUGAAAGAGUUUGGUAUUGAUUGUGAACUUAAUAAAAAUGAGGGGUCGAUGACAGUUAAAACUACUAUAAAGACCAGGGAUCCUUAUAUUAUUGUUAAAGCUAGGGAUCUUAUUAAGCUUUUGUCGAGAAGUGUUCCUGCUCCUCAGGCGAUCAAAAUUUUGAAUGAUGAUAUGAGUUGCGACAUCAUCAAGAUUGGCAACAUGAUCCGUAAUAAGGAACGAUUUGUUAAGAGAAGACAAAACCUUGUGGGCCCGAAUUCAUCCACCUUAAAGGCACUAGAACUAUUGACCGGCUGCUAUAUUCUAGUUCAGGGAAACACUGUUGCUGCUAUGGGCUCAUUUAAAGGUUUAAAACAAGCCAGGAGGAUUGUUGAAGACUGCAUACAAAAUAAAAUGCAUCCUGUAUACCAUAUCAAGAUUCUUAUGAUGAAGAAAGAACUUGAAAAAGAUCCUGCACUUGAAAAUGAGAACUGGGAUAGGUUCCUUCCUAAAUAUAAGAAGAAGACUGUCAAACAAAAGAAGGUUAAGAGUAAAAAGAAGAAACAAGAUGCACCAUUCCCUCCUCCUCAACAACCUAGCAAGGAAGAUAUACAACUGGAGACGGGAGAAUACUUUUUAAGUGACAAGAAGAAACAAGCAAAGAAGUGGCAUGAAAAACAAGAGAAACAAUUAGAAAAAACAGCUGAAAACAAAAGAAAAAGAGAAGCUGCCUUUGUUCCUCCUAAGGAGUCCAUAAAGCAGGAUCCUAGUACAUCUGCAGAUAAUAACAAAGAUGUGGCUGCCAUGGCCAUGUCGCUAAAGAAAAAGGCAAAGGAGCUUGGAAAGCAGAAGGCUUUUAAGAAUGUCAAUCCAGAAGAUUAUAUUGCUGUAUCUGGAGAACAACCCCGAAAAAAGAAAUCCAAGCAUAAUUUGUCUUGA